UGUACGCCCCAUCAAGCACAAAGUAGCAACCCACAGCAGCAGCUACGAUGGACGCCGAUGAAGAGGAAACGAAGACCAUGCAAGCCGUUAAGCUCCCGGAACAAGCUCUGGAGCUCGCCUUCCACCCUCAUCGGGACGUACUGGCCACCGGGCUCGUAAAUGGCAGCGUGUGCCUGCAUACAUACUCGCCAGAGGGGCACCAGCUGGCUCUCGAGCUGUCGCACCACCAGGCCUCGUGCAGGAGCGUCCUCUUCUCUGAGGAUGGUGCCGCUCUGUACACGGCGUCGAAGGACAGGUCCAUCGCACAGGCAGGAGAAACAGGACAGGUCACCUGGAGGCAACAAAUGGCUCACGACUGGCCGGUCAACGCACUGCACAACGUGUCUGAAGGAAUCCUGGCCAGCGGAGACGACCAGGGCGUCAUCAAGCUUUGGGACACGAGAGCCAAGAAUGAGGUUGCCAAGUUCGACGUGAACGAGGACUUCAUUUCGGCCUUUGCGACCAACGAGGAGAGCGACAAGCUGCUAGCCACAAGCGGAGACGCUACCCUGGCGGUGUUCGACCUUCGGCAAAAGAGGCUGGAAGGGAGGGUCACCAACCAGGAGGAUGAGCUGCUCUCGAUCCAGAUUGUCAAGAAUGGCAGGAGGGUAGUGUGCGGCACUCAGAACGGCGUUCUCGUCUCGUGGCCCUGGGGGACGUGGGGGGACCGUUCCAGCAGAUUUAGGGGCCAUCCGCACUCGGUCGACACGCUUCUCACGCUUGACGAAGACACCGUGCUCACGGGCUCAAGCGACGGGAUCAUCAGGGUGGUGAGCAUCCAGCCAGAUAAAUUCCUGGGGCUGUUGGGGGAUCACGAGGAUUUUCCGGUGGAGUCUAUCCAGUUCUCACGGGACAAGAUGUGGAUUGGCAGCGUCUCCCACGACAACAACAUCCGGUUCUGGCACGCCGGGUACCUCUUCGAGGAGGACGACGACGACGAGGAAGAAAAAGAGGCAGAGCAGUCCGCCGGUGCGAGCAGCAACCAUGCUACCGGGGGGGCAGGACAGGGUGGAAGAGGAGCAGCAUCAGCAACCGAUAACCCCGACAUGGACACCGAUUCAGAUGGGCACGGGGGCGACGGCGGCGGAAAAGGCGCGGGGGGGGCCGACGACGGAGAUGAUGACGACAGCGACGACGAAGACAGCGACGACAGCGAUAUGGGUGGUGGGGGCGGGGGGGCAAAGGGGGGAAGGAAAGGUGGUGGCGGCAGCGGUGACGGCGACGGCGGAGGCGGCGGGCGGGGCAAGCUUCCGACGGCGAAUGAGGCGUUCUUUGCGGACUUGUAG